AGUAGCACUGCGAGAGACGCGUGAAAAUAAUUGGGGAGGCUUAUGCAUUUAAUGUGAAAUUGAAUGAGGUAACAGUUAGGGAUUGAGAGCAUUGAAUGAAGUAGAAGUGUUUGUAUAAAAAAGAAGGGAUAUGAAAGGAGUUGUCACACACUCUUGGAAGUAUAACUCCUAAUACGAUGAUGGCGGGCGCUAAGGGAGUUGGUUUGAUAGCUUUGAUCAUCUGUUUUCAUGUGGUGUUAGUGAGUGUUGGUGCCAGAAAUGUGGCCGAUGAGGAGGAGAAGUUCUUCUCCCACGGUAAGGGAGGUGGGUUUGGUGGUGGUGGAGGGUUUGGGGGCGGAGCUGGUGGUGGCUUUGGAGGCGGUGCUGGCGGUGGUGGUGGACUUGGAGGCGGUGCUGGCGGUGGUGGUGGCUUUGGAGGCGGUGCUGGCGGUGGUGGUGGACUUGGAGGUGGUGCUGGCGGUGGUGGCGGCUUUGGAGGUGGUGCUGGCGGUGGUGGUGGACUUGGUGGAGGCCACGGCAUUGGUGGUGGAGCUGGUGGUGGAUUUGGGAAAGGUGGUGGACUUGGCGGAGGCCACGGCAUUGGUGGUGGAGCUGGUGGUGGUUUUGGGAAAGGUGGUGGGCUUGGCGGAGGCCACGGCAUUGGUGGUGGAGCUGGUGGUGGUUAUGGGAAAGGUGGUGGACUAGGUGGAGGUGCUGGCGGUGGUUUUGGAAAAGGUGGUGGAGUAGGAGGUGGAGCUGGGGGUGGAUUUGGGAAAGGUGGCGGGCUUGGCGGAGGAGCUGGUGGUGGAUUUGGCAAAGGUGGCGGUGUAGGUGGAGGUGUCGGGGGAGGAUUUGGCAAAGGUGGUGGAGUUGGUGGCGGCGCCGGUGGAGGAUUUGGAAAGGGCGGAGGGAUUGGAGGUGGUGCUGGCGGUGGGUUUGGAAAAGGUGGUGGAGUUGGAGGUGGCGCCGGCGGAGGAUUUGGCAAGGGUGGAGGAAUUGGUGGUGGGAUUGGAAAAGGUGGUGGAGUUGGUGGCGGAGCCGGUGGAGGAUUUGGAAAGGGUGGUGGAGUUGGUGGCGGAGCCGGUGGUGGGUUUGGAAAAGGUGGCGGAGUUGGAGGAGGUGUCGGAGGUGGGUUUGGUAAGGGCGGAGGCAUUGGUGGUGGUGCCGGAGGUGGAUUCGGGAAAGGUGGGGGAAUAGGCGGCGGGGCAGGUGGAGGAAUCGGAAAGGGUGGUGGCAUUGGAGGAGGUGCUGGUGGAGGCUUUGGCAAGGGUGGUGGGGGAGGCAUUGGUGGUGGCGGAGGCUUCGGAAAAGGUGGCGGCAUCGGUGGUGGUUUCGGAAAAGGCGGUGGCAUUGGUGGUGGAAUCGGAGGUGGAUCCGGUGGUGGAAUCGGUGGGGGAUUUGGCAAAGGUGGAGGAGUUGGAGGAGGCUCCGGAGGUGGGUUCGGUGGUGGAUUCGGAGGCGGCGGCGGCGGAGGUGGAGGUGGAGGUGGAGGUGGUGGAGGAAUUGGACAUCACUGA